AUGGUAUUCAGCUCCCGAUGGGAAACGAGCAUCCCAGAUGUCCAUCUUGCUACGUUGCUUUUCCAAUCACCUAGCCAUCCUCUUUCAAAGACAAACAAGUGUUUUAUCGAUGUCGAUGAACCGGACACUCUCUACCUGACCACCCAUGAAUUCCGCCUCUGGAGCCAGCGGGUCGCUGCUGGUCUGCGAAAGUUGGGAGUCAAGACAGGAGAUCGCGUUUUGGUCUUUUCAGGGAACAGUAUUGCAUUUCCUGUGCUUUACAUGGGUAUCUUGAUGGCAGGUGCUAUUUUCACCAGCGCCAAUCCGGCUUAUAUUGCGCGGGAGCUGGGGUACCAAGUAAAGGACAGCGGAGCCGUGGUCGUUCUCUGUGCGGAGACAAGCAUCGAAACAGCUAUUGCUGGUGUGAAGCUUGGCGGCCUCAGCCCAAACUGCAUUUUUGUAUUCAACGAGGCCCUGUUCCAGCAUGCAAGAGGAUUCAGUCACAAGGACUACCGUACGGAUUUUCGCUCGGUGGGCUGCCGAUACUGGGGCGAGUUGGUGGCUGACAAAGAGGAAGGCAAUAGCUUCCAUUGGGAUGAGCUAUCCACCCCGCACCUGUCUUCCCGGACCCUGGCUCUGAAUUACUCGAGUGGGACGACAGGCGUCCCAAAAGGUGUGGAGGUGAGCCACAAGAACGUUAUCGCCAACAUUCUGCAAUUCAACUACCUCGCACAGCUAGAUCCAGGGUACAAGGAAAAAGCUUCGAGGAGUCGAUGGCUCUGUCCAUUGCCAAUGUACCACGCAAUGGGACAGAAUAUGUUCAUUGGCAUUGCAAUCACUCGUGGUAUACCCGUGUACCUGAUGACGAAGUAUGAUUUCGCCAAAUUUCUCCGUACAAUCGAGCGGUUCCGUAUCACGGACCUAACUCUGGUCCCACCAAUCGUGAUUCGAAUGGCCAAGGAUCCUCAAACAAGACAGUACGAUCUAUCGAGCAUCGAAACCAUCUUCUGUGGUGCUGCACCAUUGGGGAAAGAACCCUGUGAUGAGGCGGAACGCCUGUGGCCAAAUCGUCAAGUCAAUAUCAAGCAAGGCUGGGGAAUGACUGACCAGGUGAACUUUGGGGUACGAGGCUUAAACGUGAUGAAGGGGUAUUGGCGCAACAAGAAGGCUACGGAGGAAUGCCUAACUUCGGAUGGAUGGCUGAAAACGGGCGAUGUGGCCUAUAUUGACGAUGAUAAUAAGUGGCAUAUCGUUGAUAGGAAGAAGGAGUUGAUCAAAGUCAAGGGGAAUCAGGUCGCUCCAGCAGAGUUAGAGGGCCUGCUGAUCGAACAUCCAGAUGUUGCGGACGUCGCAGUGAUAGGCAUUCCACACGGAAACGAUGAGCAGCCGCGGGCGUAUGUCGUCCUACAAGCAGGAAAGGAGGCCGCGCCGGAGGAGAUUGCGAAUUUCCUCAACAGCCGGGUCUCGCGCAUCAAGAGAGUGACAGGAGGUGUUGUCUUUGUGGACUCUAUUCCUAAGAACCCCUCUGGGAAGAUUCUGCGCAAGGUUCUCAGGGACAUGGACAAGUCGAUUGCUAAGAGUACAGGCAGACCCAAGUUGUAG